AUGGCCUUCGCUCAGAACAUUUCUCGAUUGAUAGUGCCAAUCGCACUUGGAGCCACUGUAGUUCAAUCAUCUUUAUACGACGUUCCAGGUGGUUAUAGAGCGGUAUUAUUCGAUCGAUUUAAAGGUGUUAGACCCGAUGCUUCAGGAGAAGGUACACAUUUCCUCAUUCCAUGGUUACAAAAAGCCAUUUUAUACGAUGUUAGAAUCAAACCUAGGAACAUCUCGACAACCACCGGAUCGAAAGAUAUGCAAAUGGUUUCAUUAACUUUGAGAGUCAUGUCGAGACCUGAUAUCAACCAUUUACCUAAGAUCUAUCAAAAUUUGGGUCUUGAUUACGAUGAACGUGUACUUCCUUCGAUCGGUAAUGAAGUCUUAAAAGCUACGGUCGCUCAAUUCGAUGCUUCCGAGCUCAUCACAAACAGAGAGAUCGUUUCAGCUAGAAUCAGAGAUGACCUUUUAAACAGAGCAAAGGAAUUCAACAUUCAAUUGGAGGACGUCUCUAUCACACAUAUGACCUUCGGAAAAGAAUUCACCACCGCCGUUGAGCAAAAGCAAAUCGCUCAACAAGAUGCUGAAAGAGCCAAAUUCGUCGUUGAGAAAGCUGAACAAGAGAGACAAGCAGCAGUCAUUCGAGCUGAAGGUGAAGCCGAAGCUGCAAACACAAUCAGUAAAGCAUUGAAUAGAGCAGGUGACGCUUUCGUUCAAUUCAGAAAGAUCGAAGCUUCAAGAGAAAUCGCGGCGACCCUUUCUCAAAGUAAGAAUGUAAGCUACGUACCUGCUGCUGAAGGCAAUCUGUUACUUCAAGUCUCCAACCAACAAUAA